AUGGCGGAGCAUAUAAGAGGUCGGCAGCCUGAGCCGCCGCAGACUGGCCUGUAGCUGGCAGCAGCGUCCUCCUGCGCACAGUGCUGCUGACUGCUGCCCCGGCUCUGGAGCUGCACCCUGCCUGCUCUGCUCUCUGGGACUUACGGGAGGCUGUGGGAAGUUUGGGUUUAUCUGCAGCCUGGAAGGAUCCUUCCCCUCACAGAGGAGUCACCACCUUCACUGCACAGGACCCGGCUGGGGCUGCAGACACCAUGGUUCCUCCCUUGGUUUCCAGGACAUAGCAGAGAUACCUCAUUGAUUUUUUGGAGUUUACCAACCUUGGACCUUUUUUCUGCUUUGGAUUUUUUCUCACUCUACAAAAUGAAGAUUCAUUUUUUUAUUGGGACCGUAUUAACGUUCAUUCUUCAUACGAGGAUUUGCCAGAGCAUCAAAUGGCUAGCAUUGUCAAAGACCUCUGCCUCCCUGGCCUUGAAUCAGACACAGCACUGUAAGCAGCUGGACGGUCUGGUCUCCUCUCAGAUGCAGCUCUGCCGAAGCAACCUGGAACUGAUGCAGACGAUCAUCCAGGCGGCCAAAGAGGUGAAGAAAACCUGCAUUAAAGCUUUCUCAGAUAUGAGGUGGAACUGUUCAUCGAUAGAACUGGCACCAAACUUUAAUCAGGAUUUGGAAAGAGGGACAAGAGAGUCCGCUUUUGUGCACGCUCUGUCUGCUGCUACCAUAAGCCAUACGAUUGCUAGGGCUUGCACUCUUGGGGACCUACCAGGUUGUUCUUGUGGACCUAUACCCGGGGAGACAUUGGACCAAGGUUCUCGUUGGGGAGGAUGUGCUGACAACAUCAACUAUGGUCUUAUGAUGGGCUCUAAGUUCUCUGAUGCCCCAAUGAAGAUGAAGAAGGCAGGAUCUCAAGCCAAUAAGCUAAUGCACCUCCACAACAGCGAAGUUGGGAGACAGGUGUUGAAAUCGUCUUUGGAGCUGAAAUGUAAAUGCCAUGGAGUCUCAGGUUCCUGCUCUAUUAAGACCUGUUGGAAAGGUUUGCUGGAACUUCGAGAAAUCGCUUUGGAUCUUAAAACUAAAUAUCUAUCAGCAACAAAGGUAGUUCACCGACCAAUGGGGACACGGAAACAGCUGGUGCCAAAGGACCUGGAUAUUCGACCGGUACGGGAAAGUGAACUUAUAUAUCUUCAAAGCUCUCCGGAUUUUUGUCUAAAGAAUGAAAAGUUAGGAUCUCAUGGGACACAAGAUCGGCAAUGCAAUAAAACCUCGUUUGGAAGCGACAAUUGUGAUUUAAUGUGCUGCGGCCGAGGAUACAACCCUUACAUGGACACCGUGGUGGAGCGGUGUCAUUGCAAAUACCAUUGGUGUUGCUAUGUAACGUGCAAAAAAUGUGAGAGGACCGUGGAGAGAUACGUGUGCAAAUGAAAAAAAAAAAAAGAGAACAAAAGCAAAAAGACAAUGAAUACAAUUUUUCGUAUUCAUUCAGGACCUCAACAACAAAAAAAACCAUGAAAAACCAAAGCACUAUCCACGGUCGGAAGUUCUUUCUUCUCCUAGACAGGAGCAUUCAAUAGACUGUGCCAAACGAGAUAUAAUAAUAUACAGAGUAAGAAAAAAUAUCAGGACCGACGUGAAUGUUUUUGAAAUUGCUAAAAUAACAAAGACUCCAAUGAACUUUACAGUCGUCCCACCGCCUCUUGGUGUCUGCCAUAUUGUAAAUACUCAUGACUCAAUUACUGUGUUGCAGUGGGGGUCUGCCCUGGUACCUUGGUGACCUACUAGGCUAAAAAAAAGGAAUUAUUUUUACGUAACCUGUGAAGAAAAAUGCUGAACUGGACUUCUAAGCCCUGUAACCCGUAUCAUUGAGGGGCCUCUAUCUGGAAAAAAAGAACUGAGUACAAUGAAACCCAUUUUAGGUUCAUGGUACUAAAAUUUAACUCUAGAUAGAGAUACUUUGUGGAGAAUCUUAAAGGGAACUUUUAGUGUUAAAAAUACAGUCCGAUCUGCAGGCAGCAUGUUAAAGAGCAGGAGGAGCUGAGCAGAUUGAUAUAUAGUUUUAUGGGAA